UAGGCGUGUCCUUAUGCUGGUUGCAUGGAUCAGGCAAAUGUCAUAAGCUUUUGUGUAAGAUGCAGACAUGGCUUCAGGGUUUUGCGACAAUUGUUCUCGAUUGCUCAAAGAAUUUGCUGCUCGUUUGAGGAGAUUUUGGGGAGAGUUAGAGCUUAAAGUAAGAGAAGUUUUCAGAGCCAUUGUCCGGUGCACCUGUUUUACACCUGAGAGGAGGACGGCUCGCGAUUUGUCGUCAUUAUAUCUCAUAUAUGACGAUGAAACUCAGCUUCUUAGUGAAGAAGGCCUCCAAGCACUCAGCAGACUCUCAGCUUCACAAAACGCUGAUCUGCAGAUGGCUGCAGCCAUGUAUUAUUUACACAUAAGUCAUCAACUAAAAUCUUCUCUGCCAUGUGCCUUCAUGGAACCAGUCAUGGCCUUGCUUUUAUCAGGUGACCAGGACGUGCAAAAGACCAUUUCUCUUGCCUUGGUCAAUCUGUUAGUAAAAAAUAAUGUUUGUAAAGAGCUGAUGAUUGAAAUGGGGAUGUUGGUGCCCAUACUGGAGUUAUUCAAGUCUGGAGAUCCUACAGCUCAGUGUCAUUCUUGUGCCUGUGUUGCCAUGUUGGCAUCUUCAGAGUCAAAUACAGAUUCUCUCUUGAUGGAUGGAAUCAUACCUCUGUUGGCUUUGGCAAAAUCCUACGAUCCAAAAAUACAGCAGAAUGCAACGUGGGCUCUGUUGCAUCUCACACACUCAGACUGGUCAGCGAGGAUUCUGUGUCAAGCAGGAGCCAUUCCUGUUUUGGUUCUCCUGCUGCAGUCCUCGGAUUCAGAGGUUCAGUUUUACAGCUGCACUGCAUUGUGCAACAUUGCUGCCCUCCAGGAGCAUCACCAGAAGUUGCUCAGCAUUGGGGGCCAUUAUUUGUCAAAGUCUCUUUUGACUCUCAUGUCUUCUCCUGUGCAGAAGAAUUCAGCCCAAGCGUGCAGAUGUCUGCAAACUCUUUCAAAGAAUGUACUCAUCCACGAACAGCUGAUGGAGCUCAACUGUGUGUUGCCUCUUAAGGCACUGCUGAAAACUGCCACUCCUGUGUGGAUAGAUUCAGCCUUAACACUGCUGUCAACACUGACUGCACACCCUUCAAACAAAGACAUCCUGGUGAGUGAAGGAUUUCUGGAAGAAAUCAGUCAGCUGCUUCAUCAUCCUAGAUCUAGCUGUGUUACAAUCGAACACAGCUGCAAGAUAAUAGUGGACCUGUGUGGUUCCUGCAUGGGUGAGCAGGCUGUGAUGGACAGUCUGUGCUUAUCAGGACUCCUCUGGGCACUUUUGUCUCCAUUCCUGUCAGAUGCGACAUUGUUGUAUCUGACAUCAUGCUUGCAUCAUCUAAUGAGCUAUAAUCAGCUUAGGAGAAAGAUCUCCAUAGCAGUAACCCCAGAGCACAUCUGUAGACUGGUGGAGCUGUCUGCACAGACAAGAAGUUCCCAGUUGUCAUACAACUGCGCAUCUAUCAUUGGCAAAUUUGAAAUGAUUGAAGGGCUCAUCCAGUUGCUGAGGCCUCACUUUAAAACUAUGUCCAAGUAUUUGUUGCUAUUCCUCAAAAAUAAAGAUGUUAAAUUCCAGCAGCUUGGCAUGGCUACCAUAGCCAUACUAAAAAAAGAUGGAGACUUUUCAUCACUGCUGAGUGACAGUGAACUGGAAGUUGAGAUCUGGAACGUGCAUUUACAGACAGAAGAAACCAGACAGCUGCUGGAAAUGAUUCAGCCUUCCUCUCCAUCUUCUGUUAACCCCUAACUUACUCAGCACUGAGUAAAGUGUUUACAUUCACUGUUUGACAAACAAGAUUUUUUAACCAUACUUUUUUGCUUUUAUAUUGCUAUUGUUUUUUUUUUUAACUUACAUUUGACAAUUAACUGAAAAAGACAGCAAAGUUGUGGCAUAGUAUCAACUUUAUUCAAAUAUGGCACAUAUUUUAACCCCUGUAACAAGCUAACAUAUGAUAGUCAUAAGCAGUACUUAAGCAACAAGAUCAAAUCUUAAAUAUCAGUCACAUUUUUAAUGCUUUCUAUUAUAAUAAACCUAUGUAAACUACA